AUGCCGCGGUAUGCAUUGGCACACCAAAGGGAUGACUCUCACGACUCGACCUAUGAUGAGAUUGAACGGGAAAAGAUCGCGGCAGCAAUAAGGAGCGAAAGGCGCCGAGAAAGAGACCUGGGAAGGGCUGAGAGCAGAAGGCCGCGUAGAGGGGAAAGUCGGCGAGGUGAUAUUGGCCGUGGGGAGAGUAGGCGCGGAGAGAGUAGGCGUGGGGAAAGUAGACGUCGGGAGAGCCGGCGUGGGGAGAGCAGGCAUGGUGAGGGUCGGCGGGGUGAGGGUCGGCGGGGUAACGCUCAGACUAUUCGGGUCGUGAGGUCUGAGAGCACAGAGGACGAAUAUAGACAUCGAGGCGGUGACCUUGGCGAAAGACCUAGAAGGAAGAGCAGGACGAAACGGAAGUCCAGGCAUGGGAUUGCCAUUGACGGCACCAAUGAUGAGGACUUGGAAGCUGCGGAGCGCCUGAGAGGGAGAAGGAGCCGAAGUCGCAGUGCACCACCACCGCCGCCGCCAAAGAAAAGGAAAUGCGGGCGUCGCUUCUGGAUUCUGCUUGGCAUAACGAUACUGCUACUCAUCAUUUUGAUUCCAGUCGGUGUUGUAGUUGCCGGAAAGAAGAAGGCUGCAACUAGCUCCGCGGAUGAGUCUGGUCUUGGAAAAGGGGCUUCUUCUGGAGACAUUUCAAAUAUUGACCCUAAUAGUGUUCCGAGCGAGUAUAAAGGAACAUAUCUCGACCCAUUCACUUGGCUCGAUACUACAGAUUUCAACCUGACAUUCACUGAUAAAAAAGUUGGCGGACUCUCAGUGAUGGGGCUGUUUGAUGAUUUUGAUGAUUCCGCGAAAGCCAACCCCAACGUCCCGGCACUGAACGAAAAAUGGAACUAUGGCACCCAAGCUGGGACAAACCCUAUCCGCGGUGUGAACGUGGGAGGUUGGCUCAUCAUUGAACCGUUUAUUACACCAUCGUUCUUUGACGCAUAUUCCUCGGCAUAUGGUGUCGUUGACGAGUAUACCUUGACCAAAACACUCGGUGAGAGCAAAACAAAAGAAACCGUCGAAAAACAUUAUUCAACAUUUGUCAACGAAGCCACAUUCAAAGGGAUUCGAGAUGCUGGCCUUGACCAUGUUCGUAUUCCAUUUGGGUAUUGGUCUGUAUUCCCAGAGACUGGAGAUCCAUAUCUCCCAAAUGUUGGAUGGAGAUACCUGCUCCGUGCAAUUGAGUAUUGCCGAAAGUACGGACUGAGGGUCAAACUUGACUUGCACAGUGUGUACGGAGGAGCAAACGGAUGGAAUCACAGUGGCAGACUUGGGCCAAUCAAUUGGCUAAAUGGAACCGACGGAGAGCUCAAUGGGCAGAAAACACUAGAUCUCCACGCUGGGAUGGCAGAGUUUUUCGCGCAGCCGAGGUACAAGAACAUAGUCACUAUGUAUGGCCUCGUCAAUGAGCCAAAGAUGAUAUAUCUUGAUCCCCAGAAGGUCAUUGAUUGGAGUACAAAGGCCCAUGCUGUUAUCCGGAAAGCUGGGUAUGAGGGCUACAUCAUUUUCGGCGAUGGCUUUAGAGGUCUAACCUCAUGGAAAGGUGCAUUCGAUGGCCUUGAUAAGAUGGUAUUGGAUGUGCAUCAAUAUGUCAUCUUUAACGUAGGCCAGCUCUCUGCCAGCCAUACUGCGAAGGUAAAUUUUGCCUGUAUAGGAUGGAGCCAGCAGCUGGCAGAGAGUCUUAAUACAUCGACGGGGUUCGGGCCGACUAUCGUUGGUGAAUGGGGACAGGCUGAUACGGACUGCACGCCGUAUUUGAAUAAUGUUGGUGUUGGCUCGCGUUGGGAGGGAACCUUGAACACUACGGAUGGCACAGCAGUAUCCAAACCUAGCUGUCCCAGUGGAACGGACUGUUCCUGCGAAAAUGCAAACGCAGACGCGUCGACAUACACAGCUGAAUACAAGCAGUUUUUGAAGAUGUUUGCUAUAGCACAAAUGGACGCAUUUGAAGUCGGCUGGGGAUGGAUGUACUGGACAUGGGACACCGAGAAAGCUAUUCAAUGGUCCUACAAAAAGGGCAUGGCUGCUGGAAUAUUACCGGCGAAAGCUUAUGACCGUGACUGGAGUUGUUCGAGCAAUGAUGUUCCGGACUUCUUGAGCCUAGGGCUACCAGAGAGCUAUUAA